AUGCGCGUCAGAAUCGUUCUGGCCUGCCUGGUUGUUGGAGCGGUGUACGCUCAACAUGAGCCAAGAAAAUGCCAACAAGGACUGCCGAUGUGCAAAUUCCUGCGCUGCCUAUCGACCGAGUAUGAGGGCACGGCCACCGACCAUGUCGCCACCACAUUACGCAACAUCAGCUGCAACGGGGAGCUGCUGCUCCCGAUUGUGAAAUACGAGAAACUCUGGAACGGAUGGACCGACAACGACAACCGGGACCUAUUCAAGGCAUGUGGCUUUGAGGCGCCGAAAAAUUCGACGGAAUGCCGGAAAACAAUCGAUACUUAUAAGUGCGGAAUUGUUACCGUAGCGGCCAACGCCGGAAGUGGGCGAGCAGAUGAAACAUACGUGGCGCGGUUGGCGCAGUGGAAAUUCUUGGUCAACGACAAAAUUAAAUUCGAGCCGCACUACUGCACCAACAACAGCCUUGAGGCUUUGGACGCAAUGGGUGCCGGGAUCAUAAAC